AUGCGUGUCCGCCGCCGCUUCCCAACCCUUCAAUACGUCAUCGAUGCCGGAUUCAUGAAUCAAGACGAAUGCGAUUUCAUCGAAGGUGUGAACUGCAAACCCGGCCAAAAAUAUUGGGUACCAAUAAGUUGGGCUAACUCUCUAGCUCUUGAAGCCUUCCAAAAAGGAUAUAUCGACCAAUUGACCUCUUUUAAUAAUGUGAUCCUAGCCAUUAAAGAGUUCCGGGUAGCCAUGGAAGUCUUGAUAAAAUUUGAUCAGAUCCCAAUUCCGAUUGCCUAUCCGCAAGUGGUUUUUCUAGCCGUUCGGGUGUAUUUUUUGGUGUGUUUGGUUAGUCGACAAUUUUUGGAGAGCGAAUUCAAAUCGAAAACACAAAUGAGAUUUCCGAUUCCGAUUAUGACAAUACUAGAAUUGAUUUUUGUGUUAGGAUGGAUGAAAGUGGCUGAAGUUCUUCUAAAUCCUCUUGGCGAAGAUGACGAUGAUUUUGAAGUGAAUUGGAUUCUCGAUAAAAACAUCGCAACCGGUAUGGCUAUAGUUGAUGACACCCACGCCUAUCAUCCACCAAUAUCAUGUGACAAGUUCAGUGACCCGGAUUAUCUGCCAGUUUACUCGCAGCUCUCACAAGUUCCACGAACACUGACGGGCUCCGCAGCCAAAGUUGAGCUAACCAAUCCGGAUGAUGAGGUGAAAUUGAUGCAUUUGGAGCCGGAAGAGGCGCCCGACACGGAUGAUAGGAAGAGUUUAUUCGAAUUUUCGUUGAGGAAGCGGGCGUUUUCGCAGAGGAAAAUGUCGGAGACGCUGUCUUCUGGAGCGAGUCCGAAGGUUGAGCCGCGGUUUGCGAUGUCUUUGUCGACGGCGAAUUUCAGGCAGAGUGAGUUUCCCCGGGAGCUACAGUACCUCUUGCAGUCCGGUGGUUACAGUAUACCCAAGUCCACGCCUAACUGUGAGGGACCUCAAACUACGAAGCUACCGUAACCCUUGCAGUCUGAGAGUUAUAGUGACCCAGAAGCUACAGUACCCCUUGCAGUCCGAGAGCUAUCGCUGCUGAACCUCAUCUCAAACUACAAAGAGUACUGUAGUCUCAGGAUUUUCUAAACUACAAAGAUUACUGUAGUUUCAGGCUAUUCUAGCCUUGAUUCAUGGUAUUUCAAACUGAAAAGCUACAGUACCCCUUGUAGUCCGGUAACUCUGCGAGUACAGUACCCCUUGCAGUUCGGGAGCUAUAGUCUAGCUAGAACACCUCUAGACUACAAGAAGAACUGCAACUUAUCUCAAACUACAAAGACUACUGUAGUCACACGAUUUUCCAAACUACCGCAACACUUGCAGUCCGGGGUAACUCUGCGAGUACAGUAAUCUUUGCAGUUCGGGAGCUGAACACCUCUAGACUACAAGAAGAACUGCAACCUAUCUCAAACUACAAAACUACCGUACCCCUUGCAGUCCGGGGUAACUCUGCGAGUACAGUAAUCUUUGCAGUUCGGGAGCUACAGUACAGCCACAACACCUUUACUGUAGCUCACGAUUUUCCAAUCUACAACACUACCGUACCCCUUGCAGUCCGCUAACUCUGCGAGUACAGUAAUCUUUGUAUGUAGCGCGCCUCACCUCAAACUACAAAGACUACUGUAACUUUUGCAGUCUGAGAGAGAUAUGUACAGUAUACCUUGUAGUCCGGAAAAAAAUUUUGCAGUGCGCAACAAAAUCGCAGCUCAACCCGACCGUCCGACUCUCGAAACGCUCAACGAAGAAGUGGAAUUCAAAAAAAAACGGGUACACAGUACGGAUUCGGACACUUCAAGUCAAAUAUGA